GAGUCAACGUGUGCUGGUCUUAAAACUUCAUCUAUUUCGGCGCAUGUAUUGCUAUAUAGCUUUCCGGCGAGAAGUUUUAAAGCAUUAAUAGGAAACCCCCGAAAUAUAAACAAUAUAGUGCUGCAUCAAAAGAAUUUCGUGAAUAAAGUGGAUAUGGAAGAAACAACAACGAACAUCCCUCGUGGCUGGUUCGAUGAUACGACUAUGCCAGCUUCUACACUAUGGCAUUUUCACCUAUCCCCUAAUUCCAUUAUUAUUUUCUGCGUCCAACUGUUGUUGUCCGUGAUGACCGUCGGCAUGAACCUGUUGAUUCUGAGGGCGUUUCACAUCGACAAACGGUUACGUACCUACUCCAACCAGUACAUCCUGAACAUCACCAUCUCUGACCUUCUAGUGGGGUUCGUUAUGGCCAUUCGGUGCUCAAUUAUCCUGAGCGACACAUGGAUCUUUGGGGAUGCCCUCGGAAUCAUAUUUGUUGGUGUCCAGAAUAUAGUUCUUGGAGUAUCAGUCUUGGGAAUUAUUGCUAUUUGCUUGGACCGUUACGUCGCGACGUAUCAUCCGAUUCGCCAUUUCCAACGUAAGAAAAAGAGAGUAGCAUACAUGGUCAACGCCAUUAUCUGGAUGGUGUCAAUGGCCUUUUGGUUACCAAUUUCGGUGAUCUGGGACUUUGUCCAACCACCUGCACCGAAGGAUGAAAAUGACCACUUUGCUCCUAAUUACGGUAAUUACAUUUACUCUACUGUGGCGCUUGCAGUUUGUAGAUUGGCAAUUCCAUUCAUCAUCAUCGCGACCCUUUAUCUCAAGAUUUAUAUCCGAGUAAAAGGAUCGGGAAGCAAGUAUCUUUCAAACAAAUUUGAGUUAAAGACAAAAGAGGAAACAAGGGAAACGAAAGGAAAUACCGUGGCGACGAUACAAUGUCCACUAACUAUAAAUGCAAAGAACUGCGUGGCAAACCAUGAGAAUAACAAAAUUGCAAACGACAACGCAGUCGACGAUGCCAAAGAUAUAUGCAGCCGGAAAGCUUCUGCAAGAGGACAACCUUUUACGUUAAAUGAUACCGCGGUUCUUCGACAAAACAAUGUCCACUCGAGUUCAGCUAACCAACUAGAAAAACAAGGCGACGCCACAUCAAUGCCAUCGCGUUCAAAGGGCUUCUCAAGAAGCCGAAAAGAUCCCAUUUCCACUCGUGACAACCAUAAGAUCAUGCGGACACUCACCUUCAUCACGGCUGCCUUCUUCAUUACUUGGCUACCCAACAGUAUUAAUGUUAUUUAUAUCUAUGUGGCGUCCAACAAUCCGGUCUUUGCUGAAAUUUCCCGCUGGGUGACUUACCUCAACAGCCUUAUUAACCCGAUCUCCUAUGCUAUGGCUCAACCUCUUUUUCGUGAAAACAUUCUACGGAUUCUGAAAUUUCGACGAUAACAAAAACCAACAAUAAGUUCUCAAGAAAUGUUCUGUUAUAUAGCAAAAAAUACUAAAUUGGUCUUCAGAACGCCAAAUUAGGAAAUUAGCAUACCUAAAAGGGGUGUGAUUUUUCUUUUUCAUGCUGUUAAAAUUUGAAGUUGUAAAGUUGAAUAAAAGACAAGAUACAAUGAAUUUCUUUGACACUAUAAUUUGCGAACUGCAGUGUCCAAAUCUCACGCUUGAGAGUACCCUGGACGUCAAAACUUGUUUCCUCCUUUUUUUGUUUUUUAAGAGAUAUUCUUUUAGGUUUAUUGUUGAUCAAUAUUGACAAGUUAUUUUAAAGCUUAGGAUGUCAUUUUUCAAGCUUAAACAUAUAUUUGUAAAUAGUUGAUGUUUCUUUUGGGGGUGUCUGGCAUCCAAUUUUCUUUUCGCAUGCUUAUAUUAGAUGGCGUAUGAUGGGGGUGGGCUUUGGCUAUAAACCCCAAUUAUAUAUUUUAGCAACCACUGUAUUUUUGGUGACUGGUAGGCCUAUCGUGUUUUCGGAAAAAUAAUGAAAAAAGUUUGGGAUUAAAGAAAUAAGGAAAUUGAAUCAUGUUAAUGAAUAUGAUAAACGUUUGGUGAAUAACAUAAUUGUGAUUUCUUAUUUAUAUGUUGUGACUUCUCCAAUGGCCUGAUAAAAGGCAACAUGAACUCUAUAAAUUGGCAUUUACUUAGAGCGUUUUGAAAAAUGUUGAUAUACGCAAGGAAUGUAAUGUACCAUCAGAAUAUUUAUCAUCAGAUUAUUUUUGGUAACUUGCCAUUUUGUCUUCACCCACUUUGUCUACUUUCGGUUUGGUCUCAUCCCACAUGGUCUAAUCCAAGUUUGCUUUUCAACCAGGGGCAUGUUGCAUAAAACCUUUUUACCUUAGAAAACUCUGGUAAAAACUGAAAACCAAGGUUAGUCUGAUUUUUGCCAUUGACUUUAACACAGGGCAAAAACUCCGGUAAAAUCAACCUGAGUUUUCUCAGGUAAAAAGUUUUAUGCAACAGGCCCCAGAUCAUCUGGUAAUGAUUCGAUAGGAGCAGCCCAUGUACCACUUCUCAUUUCCAGCUAUAAUAUUUGGAUGGCCGCGAUGUGUUUAAUAAUUCACAUGGCCCUGUGAAGCGGGGGGUGCUGCGUGUAUUAUUAUCCAUUAUCGAACAUCUGUCAAACUUUUUUCCGAGUUUUGUUCAGCUUGUCUUUGGUUAUGCUUAAUACCAGGGGUAAAAUUCGACUCAAUCUUUACAUCAAUAUAUUCUUCCCAAGGAACGAAUCCAUUCAAUAUUACUUGUAUUGCAUGUGCAUUUGUGGAAAGAUGGUUCUGAAUUUUAGGAACGUUUUUGGUUACUUUUACAGUUUAAUUUCCGAUCAAACCAAGAAGUGAAUACUUAUAUAAAACAAAACAAUUACAUACAGUGGUGCUCAAAAAUUAGUGAACCCCACCAGAACAUGUUUAAAGUGUUCAAGUUCUGCCAUAUUUUACAUAUUUAAUUGUGAAGUCAGGUGAAACAUUAUAUUCAAUAAAGUUUGUUCCUUUGGACUCGCCAAACAUUGUACAUGUAGUGUUGUCUACAUUCAACACUCAGCAUGAAGGAGUGCAUUUUGUGGUGGGGUUCACCAACUUUUGAGCACGACUGUAGCUGGAUUGACGUAGUGCUCAUUCGAGAGAAUAAAUAAGUGCAACUUACAAAAUAGAGAUGGUGGCUUUCUAGAUAUUUUGAAAAUGAGAGUAAUCAAAAUGUAUUAUAAUAAACUCAUGCAUUUGCAC